AGAUACUAGAAACUCCACAGAGACACAGCCCAGACCACCAGGUUCUGGUCCAUUAAAGGACCUCCAACAAGGGGCGCCGGAGCAGGGGCCUGGUAUACGCGGCACUUCAGAUGGAGUGACUCAGGGACUAUUGAAGCUGGUCCCUACACUGGACUGGUCUAUAAAGAGGACUGGCUGACCUCAAACUCACCUUAAAACGAUGCUCAAACAGAGGACUCAAGAGAGAUAGGAAACAGCACACGGGAAUCCUACUGUUGAACAUUCCCUGACAAGCAUCCCCCACAGCAUCGGGUCUGGAACUGUAACUCUGAAUCACACCAUGCCAAACUACAAACUCAUUUAUUUUAAUAUGAGGGGGAGAGCAGAAAUUAUUCGUUACAUAUUUGCAUAUUUGGACAUAAAAUAUGAAGACCACAGAAUAGAACAAGCUGAUUGGCCUGAAAUCAAGUCAACUCUUCCAUUUGGCAAAAUCCCCAUUUUGGAAGUUGAUGGACUUAAACUUCACCAGAGUCUAGCAAUAGCAAGAUACUUGACCAGGAACACAGAUUUGGCUGGAAAAACAGAACUUGAACAAUGUCAAGUGGAUGCAAUUGUGGACACACUGGAUGAUUUCAUGUCUCGUUUUCCUUGGGCAGAGAAAAGACAAGAUAUAAAAAAUCAGAUAUUUAAGGAGCUACUUACAUGUGAUGCACCUCCUCUUCUGCAAAAUUUGGACACAUACUUAGGGGAAAACAAGUGGUUUAUUGGUGACUCUGUAACUUGGGCAGACUUCUACUGGGAAAUUUGCAGCACCACACUUUUGGUCUUUAAACCUGAUUUGCUGGACAUCUACCCCAGGCUGGUGACAUUACGGAAGAAAGUCCAAAGCAUUCCUGCCAUCGCUGACUGGAUACUGCGAAGGCCCCAGACCAAGCUCUAGAUAAUACCAGCCACCUCCAACCUUUAUUCUUCUUUACAGCAUCACUCUCAUCAGAUAAGAAGCUACAUCAACAUGCUGCAUAAUGUGCAUACACUACCCCCUCAGCUCCGUUAACACUUUCAUUUCUGCCAUAUUCUGCUUAUUAAAAAAAAAAAGGAGGAAAGGGGAUUAGAAAAAAAAAAGACUUUUGUUUCCGGUAUCUUUUUUUCUCCAGAAGAGCUUCACAUUAUCUAUAGUUUACAAUACAGGCAGGCCAUGCUUUGCACUAGUUCUGACACACAUGAAUUUCAGUCACAGUGGUUUAGUUACAUAUUUUCCAAAAAAAGAAAUGGUUUGGAUUUCAGUUUCCAUGGUGUAUUAAUGAGUAAUUGCAUAAAGUAUAAAUUUUGCUGCUAGCGCUAGCGCUUCAGUCCACAAGUCACUAUGUAAAUAACAGACAGAUAUAUGACCAACCAAGCCACUUCUUUCACGGUCUAUUGGUGACUGGUCACUGCACAUCUGUCAUUUACGCACAGACAGCAAACUGUGUAGCUGCGCUGCCUGCUUGUUUCUCAGUGAUGACACCCACUUGACAUUUUAUAAAAAUGGAUAAUUGAAAAAGGGAACUCACCCACAGCAAAGGAAACCAUUAACAAAAUGAAAAGACAACCCUUAGGAGAAAAUACUUGCAAAUGAAGCGACAAAUAAGGGAUUAAAUCUCCAAAAUAUACAAAAAGCUCAUGCAACUCUGUCAAAAAACUAACAACUUAAUCAAAAAAAUGGGAAAAGAUCUAAAGAGACAUUUCUCCAAAGAAAACAUGAAAUGGCCAAAAAACACAUGAAAAGAUGCUCACCAUCACUAAUUAUCAGAGAAAUGCAAAUCAAAGCUGUUGCUUCAAUGAGGUAUCACCUCACAGUAGUCAAAAUGGCCUUCAUCAAAAAGUAAGUCUAUAAAUAAUAAAUACUGAAAAGGGUAUGGAGAAAAGAGAACCCUCUUACACUGUUGGUGGGGAUGUAAACUGUUACAAUCACUAUGGAGAACGGUAUUCAAGUUCCUUAAAAAACUAAAACUAGAACUAUCAUAUGAUCCAGCAAUCAUAUACACCUGGGCAUAUUUCCAGAGAAAACAAUAAUCUGAAAAGACACAUGCACCUGUUGUUCAUCACAGCACUAUUUACAAUAGCCAGGGCACUGAAGCAACCUAAAUGUCCAUCAACAGAGGAAGGGCUAAGAGGUGGAACAUAUAUAUAUAAGAGAAUACUAUUCAGCCAUAAACAGAAUGAAAUAAUGCCAUUUGCAGCAACAUGGAUGGACCUAGACAUUAUCACACUAUGUUAAGUAAGCCAGAAAAAUAUCAUGAUAUCACUUAUACGUGGGAUCUAAAAAAGAUACAAAUGAAUUCAUUUACAAAACAGAAACAGACUUACAGAUAUUGAAAACAAAUUUAUGGUUACCAAAAGUGACAGUGUGUGUAGGGGGGGAAUAAACUAGGAGUUUGGGAUGAGCAUACAUAUACUACUAUAUAUGACAGAUAACCAACAAGGACCCCUACUGUAUAGCACAGGGAACUCUAUUCAAUAUUGUAAUUACCUAUAUGACCAAAGAAUCUAAAAAAUAUAUGUAUGUAUAGCUGAAUCACUUAGAUGUACAGCUGAAACAACAUUGUAAAUCAAUUCUACUCCAAUAAAAUUAAAGUAUUAAAAAACAAAAGAAAAAGAGAACUCACCAACAAAGAUGAAAGUGCAGUAAAGAAAAGUGAUAAUGCUGGAGUGAAAUUCAAACUGAACAUAAAUGGAAAAACGCUCUUCAGACGCAGUCUGAAGAACUUGGUGAAGGCAAACUUACUGACAUAAAUGAGGAAAGUGGUUGUGACAAAGAUGAAGAUGUCCUGGAGGAAGUGAGACUGGUGAAAAAUCCUUCACAUUAAAAGAACAGAAGAUGAAAAGAAUGAGAAGCCAAGCCACAGAUAGGAAGAAAAUAUCCAUUAGUAGGUUAAUGGAUAAGAAAACUGUGGUAUACCCAACAAGAGAACAUUUUUCAUUGCUAAAAAGAAAUGAACUAUCUAGCCAUGAAAAGACAUGGAGAAAACUUAUAUGGAUUUUUAAAGCAGUAAGACUAUUCUGCAAGAUACUAUAAUAGGUUCAUUUGUCAAACCAUAGGCUGUACAUCAAGGGUGAACCUUAGUGUAAUCUAUGGACUUUUGGUGAUUAUGAUGUCUCAACGGAGGUUUGCUGAUUGUAACAAAUGUAUCAUUUUAGUGUAAGAUGUUCAAAGUGAGGGAAGUUGUGCUGUGUGGGGACAAGGGUACAUGGGAACCCUCUGUACUUCCUGCUUAAAAUUGGCUAUGAACCUAAAUCCUCUCUACUAAACUCAAUGUAAAAAGAAAAAACAACGGGGGUAGGAGGAAUUAUUUCGUAACACUGAAAGAGCAAUGAAAUGCUGGAAGCUGACUGAAAUCAA